ACACAGCAGCUUGAGAAAUUGGAAAUAGUUAUAUUUAGGAAUGAAUCUUGUUGAAGAUGCUGCGGUAUCAAUUUUUUAGUGCUCUUUGGAAUAUUUAAUUUGCUAUCUGGAUCGAAAUACUCUAAACGGAGUAUUUAUGUUAAAUAACAUGAGGAAAUAGUUAGCAGCGGUGCACGGGCCAGCCGAUGCUCAGGACAACAUCGGGAUGGGAGAGGACAGACUUGACAACAACGCCAACUCUCCCGCUCUCUCAGCUGCUGUAUCUCCCACCUGGAGACAGCGACAUAGCGCCUGGCUUAAAACAUGGCCACAGAUGUACCAGAUGCCUACAGCCUUCAAUCAUGGCAGGAGGCGUUUCAACACCCAAUCCCCACCGUGCGGCGAGUCGAGGAGGAACUCCGCCGCGACAUCGCCAGCAACAAGGACAAGUUGCGCUCUCUUGUCGGGAUGAGAUAUCGAGAGCUUCUCGGCACCGCGCAGACAAUUGUCGAAAUGAACGACGAGAUCCAGGAGGUCGAGACUAAGCUAUCGAGCAUUGGAAGGCGAUGUAAUCCCCGGUUGAUCGAAAAUAAAUCGAAUAUUGCUGCUGUGGAUGAAGGCGUUGAUGAGAGAGCAAUUGCCGCGCAGCUGGCCCUCCUGCAUAGCUGCACAUCCGCCGGCUAUAGACUGUUCCGGAAACAUGGUUCGAAUCUCCUGAUUGCAAAACUCCUUGUCAUAUCGCGGCUUCUUCACAAGACCCUUUCUCAGAGCAAUCGCGCUCCCGUGUUCCUUGAAAAUCUCCGAACCCAGUUGGCCUCCCUCCGCCGCAGCCUACUAAAGCGCAUCGGGCGCAAGCUGGCCACCCCGAACUAUUCAAUCCAAGAAAUUAUUGAGGCUAUGUCAGCUUAUUGCCUAGCGACCAGUUCCUCUUCUACGGAUGUACUACGCCAAUUUCAUCAGGUCCGGUUGGAGGCUAUACAAGCGGUACUCUUGCGAGAAGAUCCAAGCUUCGCAAAUAUUGAACAGAGCUUGAAACUCCUUAUACAUACUUUGAAACGCACAUCAGAGCUGCUCUCGGGCAGUCUAUCAGACGCCCUUGGAAAGCUAACCAUUCACCCCAUCCUUGAUGACCCGGAGGUGCGAAAGCUGGAUGGGCUGGCAAUUGAUAUUUUUGAGCGAUGGGUGGCCAACGACAUUAGGAACUUUACGCCAUGGGUGAAACAUAUUGAUUUAUCCAAAUCAGAGGCGGGCCAAAUAAUAAAGGAUUGGUCGAGGAAGGGAUUCAGAGCGUUGACUGACGGAAUGAGAAAGAAUUUAGAGCGAUCUCAAAAUUUGAAGGAGAUCUUACUUCUUCGCAGAAACCUGUUGGGUAUUUGGUUACCAGUUCAAAGCUCCACACCAUGCCAUUCGCCUCUGGAGAUACUUGAGGGCAUCCGCGGCGCUGUGAACAAUCAGCUUGUUUCUAUUCUACGUGCGCAAGCCAAGGGUCUGACUUUGCUUGGGCUUGAGAUCUCAUCUACAAUUACCGGGUGGGGCGAGAUCGAAGACGGGGCUUCCUCUCUAUCACUCUGGGAUGCGAAUGUUGUGUUCCUCGAUUCUUCAGGCGGUGCCACCACCUUCAAAAGGGAGAUUAUCAACAGGACCCUGGGAAGAGAUAGUAAGGUACUACAGAUAUCGGGGUCAUAUACUACGUGGCUGUCUGGUGUUGAAGAAUGCAAAGAUAUGAUCGACGACCUUAAAAAAAUUAGGUGGGAGGAUAUCGUCGAAGACGACGAAGAUGAAGACGUCCUGCAAAACACAGUCGGGAUUUUGAAUCAAGAUGACCCCGACCUUCUCCAGAAAGAAUACGAAACUACGUUGACCAAAGGUUUCUCGGCGCUACAGACAUGUCUCCACAGCGCCUUGGCCAAUAUGAGUGGAUCUCAUCGUGGGAAGCAGGCAGCUUUCAUGCUACGAGUCAUUCGAGAAAUUCGAGGGCAGAUCCCUAGAGGCAUUUCGGCUGAGGAUCAUCUAUUUGCUGAUGGCCUUGUUCCAAAAUUACACGACAUCCUAGCCGUUGAGAUCAGUUCUCAAAUUUUACCAUCAAUUAUCACCCGAGCUCUUGGGAAACGUCACGGAGCAGGUUGUGCUGGUCGCACGCUCUGGGAAGGCAACCCACCGCUCCCUAUUCAACCAUCCCCAGCCGCUUUCAAAUUGUUGCAGAAACUGGUCACGACGAUGGAGGAACAAGGCCCCGACCUUUGGAAUCCUUCAGCUGUGGGCGUACUGAAAAAUAAACUGCAUAAAAUGAUAUCGUCAAGUAUUUCUGCAGACCUCGAAAAGAGCACCGAUAGUGCUGCUUCGGAUGCUCAAAGCCCUAUACACAAUGAGCACCAGCCUGAUAAUAAAACUCCAAACGGCGACAGUGCUCCUGAAGUUACUGUAGCAGAAUUGCCGCGGGAGCCAACAACCCCGGCAGAUGUUUCUUCGGAAGUCUUGCGGGACCGCAAAAUUCAGCUUGUUUUCGACGUGUUUUAUCUGGAAGAGGCGCUUUCUAUACGGAAUUUCCAUCACCCCAAAGCGGAGGAUGACCUCGGAUCUAUUGUCGAGCUGGUCAGAAAGGACAUUGACCUAGAUGGCGACACGGAGUUGCGUACCCUCGAGAGCAGGGCUCAGAAGUAUUGGAAGCAAACUCAACUACUAUUUGGGCUGUUGGGUUGAUUUUUUUUCUUUCAGUUCACAAAGUAAAUGGAAUCCUGUUCAUAAUAUAUAUCUACCUAUAUAAAGAGAGGAGUCAUCUGUACAUAAUAGUCAAUGUGGAUUCGUCGUUUUCACUCUCAUGCUAUUUUCUCUUGUAAUUUAUCCGUUGUAGGUCGGUGUAACGGGAAAACAGGAUCA